UCUCCUCUCUUUCCCAAACUUAGCUAAGAACUAAAAAUCUAAACUUUUAACACUUUGGCCGCCUUCUGCCAAUGCUACUGCUACAGAAAUCGAACUCGCUCUCUCUCUGAUUUUUUUUUAUCUCAUUAAAAUGAGUAAUAAUUUUAGUGGUGAAGUAGAAGUAAACAGAGUGUUCAUAGGAGCAGGCUGCAACAGAAUUGUCAACAACAUAUCAUGGGGUGCCUGUGGUUUCGUCUCUUUUGGCUCCCAAAACGCCGUCGUUAUAUUCUGCCCCAAGACUGCUCAGAUUCUGACUACGCUUCCAGGUCAUAAAGCUUCUGUGAACUGCACCCACUGGCUUCCUAGUAAUAAGUUUGCCUUUAAAGCUAAACAUUUUGAGCAUCAUUAUCUGCUUUCUGGAGAUACUGAUGGUGUGAUUAUUCUAUGGGAACUAUCCCUUGCUGAUGGAAAGUGGAAGAAUGUAUUACAGUUACCACAAUCACACAAAAAAGGUGUUACUUGCAUUACUGGUAUUAUGGUUUCAGAAACUGAUGCCAUAUUUGCAUCUACUUCUUCUGAUGGUUCAGUUUAUAUCUGGGAGGUGGUUCUUCCAACAACUCCUGGAGGUGACUGCAAAUUAUCAUGUCUGGAUUCACUUUUUGUUGGUUCAAAGGCUAUGGUGUCACUCUCAUUAGCAGAAUUGCCAGGAAAUGAUAGGCAUUUAGUUCUGGCCAUGGGGGGUUUGGAUAAUAAGGUUCAUCUUUACUGUGGGGAGAGAACCGGAAAGUUUGUUCAUGCUUGUGAGUUAAAAGGGCAUACAGAUUGGAUUCGGAGUUUGGACUUCUCUUUACCUGUAUGCAACGGUGAAGAGGCAACUCCUGUUCUUCUUGUAAGUUCAUCUCAGGACAAAGUCAUACGCAUAUGGAAGAUGGCUUUACGAGGUUCUUCAGCGAACACUCAGGGUACAUACAGGAAAGAGGAAAUAAGCCUGGCUUCAUACAUUGAAGGUCCUGUGUUUGUGGCUGGCUCAUCCUCUUAUCAAAUAUCAGUGGAAUCUCUUCUAAUUGGCCAUGAGGAUUGGGUGUACUCAGUGCAGUGGGAACCUCCUUCAGCUGCACCAUCAGAUGGGGUGGCCUAUAAACAACCCUUAAGCAUUUUAUCCGCAUCAAUGGACAAAACAAUGAUGAUUUGGCAACCUGAAAAGACAACUGGUAUCUGGAUGAAUGUAGUCACUGUUGGAGAAUUAAGCCAUUCUGCUCUAGGGUUUUAUGGUGGCCAUUGGAGCCCAGAUGCUCAGUCAAUCUUGGCACAUGGAUAUGGUGGAUCUUUCCAUCUGUGGAAAAAUGUUGGUGUUGAUGUAGAUAACUGGCAACCACAAAAAGUUCCCUCUGGGCACUUUGCUGCAGUGACAGAUAUUGCAUGGGCUAGGUCUGGUGAAUACGUGCUCUCAGUCAGUCAUGACCAGACAACUCGUGUAUUUGCUCCAUGGCACGAUGUAGCUCCUCCCACAAGUACGGACUCCUGGCAUGAAAUUGCUCGCCCUCAAGUUCAUGGUCAUGAUAUUAAUUGUGUGACCAUCAUUCAAGCGAAGGGUAACCAUCGAUUUGUCUGUGGAGCUGAUGAGAAAGUUGCUAGAGUGUUUGAAGCUCCUUUGUCUUUUUUGAAUACCUUGAAUCAUGCCACCUCUCAAAACUCUAGUUUUCCUGAAGAUCUUCAAGUAGGUAUACAGAUUUUGGGUGCGAAUAUGUCUGCUCUUGGGCUGUCACAGAAGCCUAUAUAUGUUAAUGCUACACGUGAGGCCCAAGAUAGAACUGGCAAUAACGGUCUUGACACCCUUGAAAGCAUUCCAGAUGCAGUUCCGGUUACGUUUACCGAACCUCCCAUUGAAGAUCAGCUAGCAUGGAAUACAUUAUGGCCAGAGUCGCAUAAACUUUAUGGUCAUGGGAAUGAACUGUUUUCACUAUGCUGUGACCACAACGGGAAGCUUGUUGCUUCAUCAUGUAAGGCCCAAUUGACUGCAGUAGCAGAAAUAUGGUUAUGGGAAGUGGGUUCAUGGAAGGCAGUUGGUCAUUUGCAGUCUCAUAGCUUAACAGUGACUCAGAUGGAAUUCUCGCAUGACGAUAAUCUCCUUUUGUCCGUCUCAAGGGAUCGCCAGUUCUCUGUCUUUUCAAUUCAAAGGACAGAUUUUGGUGAAAUAAACUAUCAACUUUUCGCAAGGCAAGAGGCCCACAAAAGAAUAAUAUGGUCAUGCUCUUGGAACCCAUUUGGUCAUGAAUUCGCAACAGGUUCAAGGGACAAGACAGUGAAGAUAUGGGCUGUGGAAAACAAAUCCGUUAAACAGAUUCUGACUUUGCCACCGUUCAACAGCAGUGUCACUGCCCUCUCGUGGUUUGGUCUUGAUCGUGAGAUAAACCAUGGAUUUCUCGCUGUAGGAAUGGAAAGCGGACUCAUUGAACUGUGGAAUCUCUUCGUCAAAAGAACCAACAAUGGCAGUGUUACAGUACCCAGUGUAGCAGCCUCCAUUGCUGUAAAACUUGAUCCAUUCAUGUGCCAUGUGUCUGCAGUUAACCGUCUGGCAUGGAAAACUCCCGAGAAGAGCAAAAAAUGCAAGAGCAUGCAGCUUGCUUCCUGUGGAGCUGAUCACUGUGUAAGAGUUUUUGAAAUUACUGUUUGAUUAGUCAGAUAAUUCAUUUGUAUCCACAUACAAAAUUUUGAAACCUUCUCUGCUUCCAGUCAAUAUUAAAUGUCAUCAAACCAGUCAAAAUUUACAAGCUGAAGCACCCAUGAAUUGAGAGUUGUUAUUUGUUGGCUUAUUUAUUUCAUUAUUUUGUGCCUUGUAAUGGUGGCAAGGUGUCUGCAUGAGUUCUAGA